CAGUAGCAGCAGCCAGUCAGACAAGUAGCUGUCCAGCGCUGCAUAAGCCUGAAAUACUUCAUGUGAUAGCAUCGUGCAGCACUUCUACACCAAGUUGUGGGUCUCCAACUUUCCUAUACAAGAAUAAGAUAACAUUGCUAAAAAGAAAAAAAAAAGAGAUGUCUGAGAUGGUCAGCGUUCACGGAUGGAUGGACGAUGCGCUGAGUUCUCAGGAUGAGAUGAAAGAGUCAAGUCAGAGGGAUUCCGCAUACGACAUGUUGUCAGGUCUCAGUCAUGAAGAACAUGAUGGAGAAGAAGACGAGGAAGAGGAGGAUGAUGGAGAAAAGCCAAAGAAGAGAGGACCUAAGAAAAAGAAGAUGACCAAAGCUAGAAUGGAGAGGUUCCGUGUGCGAAGGGUAAAAGCCAAUGCCAGGGAGCGCUCCAGAAUGCAUGGGCUAAAUGAUGCCCUGGACAACCUCAGGAGGGUCAUGCCAUGUUACUCUAAAACACAAAAGCUGUCCAAGAUUGAGACCCUCAGGCUGGCCAGAAAUUAUAUAUGGGCAUUAUCUGAAGUAUUAGAAAGAGGGCAAACUGCAGAAGGGAAAGGCUUCCUGGAAAUGCUCUGUAAAGGCCUCUCUCAGCCCACCAGCAAUCUCGUAGCUGGCUGUCUGCAGCUCGGACCUCAGACCAUGUUCUUAGAAAAACAUGAAGAUAAGGCACAUAUGUGUGACUCUUCACUUUCUGCUCAUGCAUAUGCUUAUCAGUCACCAGGGCUACCAAGUCCUCCAUACGGUAAUAUUGAGGCACAUCAUUUGCACUUGAAACCACCUACUUUCAAAACUGUUGUGGAUUCUUCUAUGGUAAGCCAUACCUUAAACUGUACCACACCUCCUUAUGAUGGUGCCCUUACUCCCCCACUGAGCAUUACAGGCAAUUUUUCCUUGAAACAAGAUGGUGCACCAGAUAUGGACAAGUCCUAUGCCUUCCGAUCUCAUUAUCCUUCUCUUGGGCUCGGUGGUACUCAUGGGCAUGGGUCACAUUUUCAAACUGCUGUCCCAAGAUAUGAUAUUCCAAUUGACAUGGCCUAUGAAUCAUAUCCACAUCAUGCCAUCUUCACUGAGUAAUUGCCCACAAUAGAAUGGACUUAACAUAGAGAAACUUAACUUGGGACAUUUUUUUUUAGCAAUCCAGGGAAGUAAAAAUAAGCCAGAACUCUAAUUUUAUAAUCAACAUAAAUGAAGGCUAUAAUCACCUCAAACUAUUUCUGAAACUUUAGCAUAUUUUGCUUAUGUGCUAUAUUUUGUUGUUUGUCUUAUCAUAUUGUGUUUUUUUUAUUACUAUUUGCCAAUUGUGAAAACAUGAAAUAUUCAGACAAAUGUCUCAAACCUUUAUCAAUAUAAUUGACCAUUUUAGAAUUGGCAGCACUGUUGAAAUGAAAGCAGUUUUAUUAUUCUACAGGAAGAGUAGGGUGCUCAUUAUUUACUAUCUAGAUGCAUUUAUGAUCUGUUAUACAUUCCUACACUUCAGCAAGAAUAUUUUGUUACUUGUGUAAUUAAAAUUUACAAAACAGAUGGAAAUAGAGAAAAUGUGAAUGCAUUGCAGAGGUUUUUUUUUUUUUUUACAGCAGUACAGUAAUGCCCUUAUUUAUCAAUGAGUGAUACAUUUCACUGUGAGUGAUAAAUUGCACCAGCCAAUCAGCUCCUCACUGCCAUGUCACAGGCUGUGUUUGAAAAAUAACAGUUAGGAGCUGAUUGGAUGGUGCAAUUUAUCACUCACAGUGAAAUUUAUCACUCAUUGAUAAAUAAGGGCAUACGUUUGGCUCAAUACAGUUAAAUCAAUAAAUCCUGAUGUCCCCUUAUAUCAGCAAGCACAUCAGAAUCCGCUUUAUUGGCCAGGUGUACUCACGUACACUAGGAAUUUUUUGCUGUACAGUGCAUCGCCAAGCAGCAACAUGAAGGGGGAAUACAUAGCAUAAGAAGGGGGAAAAACGUAGCAUACAUUACACGUAUGAGUUCAUACUGCACAUUGCAACAUUGCAACAUUAACAGCUAAGCAAGGAUCAAAGUAGUAGAGCUUUAGCAAGAACUAGGAAGUAUGAAUGGGGACUUUCUAAUAUGUGCUUUGAUGCCACUUUUCAUCCUUGUAUUCGAUAUGUGGUGGAAUCAAAGCGAACAGUACACAAACAUUGUGCUGAACUGUCUAAGAUUUGAGGCAGAACCAAUCAUGCACUGGUUAGAAACAUGUCAGUAAUGGGGCAGAAAUAGUCGCCCUAAUUGGUCAGAAUUACUCCCAUUCUGGUUGUGUGUUCAUAAGGCAGAACAUUUGAGUCUACAAAUUGUUUUAAAGCAUUAUGAUUGUGAUGUUAUGUUACUGCAGUAACAUUUUCCAUAUACACAAUAAUACAAUCAAUCUACCUUACAUAUAGGGGGUAAUUCUGAAUUGAUCGCAGCAGGAACUUUGUUAGCAGUUGGGCAAAACCAUGUGCACUGCAGGGGAGACAGAUAUAACAUGUGCAGAGAGAGAUAGAUUUGGGUGUGGUGAGUUCAAUCUGCAAUCUAAAUUGCAGUGUAAAAAUAAAUCAGCCAGUAUUUACCCUGCACAGAAACAAAAUAACCCACCCAAAUCUAACUUUCUCUGCAAAUGUUAUAUCUGCCCCCCCCCCCCCUCCUGCAGUGCACAUGGUUUUGCCCAACUGCUAAAAGAUCUCCUGCUGCGAUCAACUUGGAAUUACCCCCAUAGAACAGUACCCAUUUACCACUCAUUCUUAAAAAUAAGCAAUAUCCUCAUACUGUGUAUGUAAGCAACAUUCUCAUAUGUGAUAAUUUACAAAAUUGUAUGUACUGUGCCAGCAACCACUCAGCAUAAAAGUGUAUGCAGAACACAACAUUGCCAGGUAAUGAAAACAUUUCCACAACUACUAAUAUAGCACAUUUAUUUAUUAUGGCCCUCAUUCCGAGUUGAUCGGUCGCAAGGCGAAUUUAGCAGAGUUACACACGCUUAGUCUACGCCUACUGGGAGUGUAUCUUAGCAUCUUAAAAGUGCGAACGAAGUUUACGCAAUAUUGCGAACAAAAAAAACUUAGCAGUUUUAGAGUAGCUCCAGACUUACUCUGCCUGUGCGAUCAGUUCAGUGCUUGUCGUUCCUGGUUUGACGUCACAAACACUCCCAGCGUUCGCCCAACCACUCCCCCGUUUCUCCGGCCACUCCUGCGGUUUUUCCGGAAACGGUAGCGUUUUCAGCCACACGCCCAUAAAACGCCGUGUUUCCGCCCAGUAACACCCAUUUCCUGUCAAUCACACUACGUUCGCCGGUGCGAACAAAAAGCCGUGAGUAAAAAUCCUUUCUUCAUAGCAGAAUUACUUAGCGCAGUCGCAGUGCGAACAUUGCGCAUGCGCUCUAAGCUGAUUUUCACUGCGAUGCGAAAAAAAAGAACGAGCGAACGACUCGGAAUGAGGGCCUAUAUAUUCUUUUUUUAUUUCUAUUUAUUUUCAUAAACUUAUUAUAAUGAUGUUUGUUAAAGGAUGUAUAAAAAAGUAAGAGCAAUACUUAAUUUUUGUGUUCAUGUUGCCUCUUAAGGAUUAUUGUUUAAUUAUUAUGUUUGUUAUGUGCUUUAUUUUUUUAUCUAUGAAGUUUAUUUUUAUUUAUAUUAUUAUUUAUAUUAAUUUAUAUUUUGUAUGUUUUUUUCUGUUUGGCUCCUUGUACUAUAUUAUUUAUUUUUUUGCUAUUAAUGUGGGUCAUUGGAAGUGACAAACCACUCCUGGCACUUUACUUUUUAGAAACUCAGUGCCCUUAGGACGACUAUACUUACUACCUUAUGUUUUCUGUGGCACAGAUGACAUAUUUUACAACACAUACAGUACGGUACAAUUAAAUUACAAAGUGACUAUUUACAAGGCAUAAUUGUCACAAUUUUAGUUUCUUUUUCCCCAAACCAAGGGGAGAAAAUGUAACAAAAAAUCAACCAAGCUUCAGUGUACAAUCUAAUAGAAUACCUUGUGGAUUGUCAUUGUCAUUAUGCAUGCCAAUAGUCAUUAAUCUUUGGCAUAUAAAAGGCUAAGUGAAUUGUAUUACCAUUCUGUAUGUGUUGAAAGUAUGGACAAAUUCAUUAUUUUCUUUGAGAGACGAGUACAAAUCAAUGCACUUUUACAUAAGGGCCAUAGCAACAAAAACUCAUACCUUGGGUUCACAAAUGUCUUGUCUAGGUAAAGAUACACAUUGACAACAGUAUGCAAAUUUAGAAAAUAAUUGAAAUACAGUAUUUGACACUGUAAAUACCCAGGCAAAAUACAUAAAGCAUUUUAAUCAACGAGAUAUAGAAUGGCUCUAAAUAACAACGAGUAACAAAUACAAAUACCAUGCUAUUUAUUUAGUAUUCUAUUACUCCACAAAUUUUCAUUAUAAUAUUGCAUUAUUUUUGCCUCUGGUUUGCUUACAUUUUGUUCUACAAACAGCAUCAUUGUUUCUACCACUUUCACGCCGCAUCCCGGAGAGUCAUGUAUUAUAUUUUGUAUAAAUUAUUUUAGUUGUAUAUUGUUAUUUUUAGAAGGGAAACAAGUGAAAAAACAAUUCUCAAUACUUUUGUUUUAUACUGAAAAUAGGAAAUGUUUAUUCUUUUGUACAGAAGGUAAAAUGUUAUUGUUUUUUUUUAACUCCAGUAAAGUUGUAAAUCUUGUACACGAUAAAAGUGUGGCGUGUCCUUUAUAUAAACGAUGUUCCCUGUGGGUGUAUACAGUUUUGGUUGCAAUGCCAUGACAGUCACUGUUGCAAUUCAGCUUUUUUGGGUUAUAGCCAGAUGCCAGCUGACUUUCUCUUUCUGGAUUAUAAUAUGUAAAUCCCUGUCCUGAUAUCGUACUUGUAGCUGAAAUUCACAGCCAAAAUAAAAUGAUCUAGAAAACUGGAAAACAUCAGCGGACCCAUACAAAUGGCAAAUGCAGCAAAGCCAUUUUUGAAUGUUUGUUAUGUCGUCGUCGUCGUCAUCAUCAUCAUACUGUAUUUAUGAAUAUCAUUUAUUUAUAGGACUUCAUAGAUUUCAUAGCGCCGGACAAUCAUAACGGAUAUGACAGUCAUGAAUACAAUAAGCGAGUGGUUCUCAAACUGUGUGCCGUGGCACCCUGGGGUUCCUCGGGACACUUGCAGGGGUGCCUUGGAUCUAGGACCAAUUCAAAUUAUUUAUGAUCAAUGUAAUAGGCAAAACCAGUGCUGGUGGCUGCCAAUCAUAAAAUAUGUGCACAAACAGAGGCAAAUCUUGUCCCUCAUCACACAAUUGAAUCUAAGGAUGACAUAUAAACACAAUUUACUAUUUCUUUCUAAAUUUCUCAGUAAGAAACUUUGACCUAGGGGUGCCAUGAAAAAAAUUCUGAUACUCCAUGGUGCUGUGAUUCAAAAAAGUUUGGGAACCAUUGCAAUAAGAACUAUAACAAAAACAUGAUUAGAAUUGAACACAAUAGCAAUAUCAGGAAUAGAGACGGAAUGAUGUGCAAUCAAUUACAGGUACAGCACAAAUUCUAUGCAUGUGAAUAAACAAACAACAUAAACAAUAAUAAACAAACUCCCACAAAAUGAAUCAAAAGACAUGAUAAGGGCCAUACAUGUAGAUGGACAGUGGACGAACGUGAGACAUGAGUUGGAGAGGACCCUGCCUAUGAGAGCUUACAUUACAGAGGAAUUUGAUGUAUUCUAAUGACUUGGCCGUGGGGUAUAGCAGUUUACAUAAGUGACAAAAUGUGUUUUGCUGUAAUGAAUUAAUAAAGUUUAUUAUUUACAAA